AUGAAGGAUGAAGAUAAAAAAUCACAGAAAUCGGUCAAAAUUGAGGAUCGUGAAGAUAAAAUAUCGCAGAAAUCUUUCAAGGACAAAGGUGUUGAUUCUGAGUCAGUUGGAGGUGGAAGAAAGUCAUCUGCAGGAAGUAGAAAAUCAGUAGCUAGUAGAAAGUCUUCAGCCUCAAGUAAACAGUCAUCAAUAAGUAGAAAGUCUUCAGCCUCUAACAGAAGUUUUUCAAAAGAUUCUGAUGAUACAGAGUCUGAUAGAUCCCAUUCUCCUGAUAGUAUCAAAGAAGACAAAAAAACAAUGGAUUCUUCUGAUGAUAACAAAUCAGCCAAUGGCGAUUUGAACAGAACAGACGAUGAGGAUUUUAGUACAGCAUCUGAAGUCCAUAACAAGAAGGUUACAUCUACUGACGAUGAUGAAUUUGAUUUUGAUGAUCAGCCAAAAAGUAAAGAAGACCCAGCAUAUUAA